AUGGAGGGCGUGCACUGCGAGCAGAACGGCUGCACGAUCCAGAACGUGUGGUGGGAGGACGUGUGCGAGGACGCGCUGAGCAUCAAGGGCGGCUCGGCCAGCAGCGUGACCAAGGUGAUCGGCGGUGGCGCGCGCUCGGCCGACGACAAGGUCAUCCAGCACAACGGCCUGGGCACGGUCUCCAUCGAGGGCUUCUACGCGCAGGACUUCGGCAAGCUCUACCGCUCGUGCGGCACGUGCGGCGACAAGUCUCGCAAGGUGAGCCUCACGAACGUGCUGGCCGUGAACGGCAAGGUGAGCCUCGUGACGGGCUCCACUUCGGCCGAGCCCAAGAAGUUGGGCGCCGGUCCGUCGGGGUCGCUCUGCCAGUACUCCACCAGCACCAUCUCCUACGCAUAA